UCCGUCCCUGAAAACGGUCUUCGCUCUUUCCGCAUGCGGUGGUUGAUUGAUGGCUUCCACUAAAGAGUCUGCUUCAGGGUCCGGUUCUGCUAUGGCCUCUACAGGUGGUACUUUGGACUCUCCCGUCAAACAGAUUCAAAUAGAAGGACUGGUGGUGUUGAAGAUAAUCAAGCACUACCAGGAAGAGGGCCAGGGCAGUGAGGUGGUGCAGGGGGUCCUGCUGGGGCUGGUAGUGGACGACCGGCUGGAGAUCACCAACUGCUUCCCCUUCCCUCAACAUACCGAAGAUGAUGCAGACUUUGAUGAAGUCCAGUACCAGAUGGAGAUGAUGCGCUCUCUGCGCCACGUCAACAUUGACCAUCUGCAUGUGGGCUGGUAUCAGUCCACCUACUACGGCUCCUUCGUCAGCCGAGCGCUGCUCGACUCCCAGUUCAGCUACCAACAUGCCAUCGAAGAGUCUGUUGUUCUCAUCUACGACCCUAUAAAGACGGCCCAAGGCUCUCUGUCCCUCAAGGCCUACAGGCUUACCCCAAAGCUAAUGGAGAUCUGCAAAGAGAAAGACUUCACACCUGAGGGUUUGAAGAAGGCGAACAUUGGCUUUGAGCAUAUGUUUGAGGAGGUGCCGAUCGUGAUCAAAAACUCACACCUCAUCAGCGUGUUGAUGUGGGAGCUUGAGGACAAGUCCACGGUCUCUGACAAGCACGAACUGCUCAACCUCUCCAGCAGUAAUCAUUUGGAGAAAAGCCUUCAGCUUCUGAUGGACAGGGUGGAUGACAUGAGUCAGGAAAUUGUCAAGUAUAACACCUACAGCCGCAACCUGAGCAAGCAACAGCAGCAGAAGCACCAGUACCUCCAGAGGCGGCAGCAGGAGAACGCCCAGCGUCAGACCAGAGGGGAGGCCCCUCUGCCCGAGGAGGACAUCAGCAAAAUGUUCAAACCUCCCCAACCGCCACCCCGCAUGGACACGCUGCUUAUUGCAGGGCAAAUUAACAACUACUGCCAGAACGUGAAGGAAUUCACCUCGCAGAACCUCGGGAAACUGUUCAUGGCGGAGGCUCUCCAAGGGCACAACUAGAGGAGAGGAAGAAAGGAACGUGAAGGAACCUACAGAAAGGAGGAAGGAAAGAGGGUGGAAUAAAGAACUUUUCUAACAGAGGUGCACGUCUCCUGUAAAGCCACCUGUGGUGUGGAGGAGGACUGUGUCACUGUUUCAUUCAUUCGUUUGUUUUACUAAUUGGCAUUGAGGACCAUUUGAUUCAGAUUUGAAUAAAACUCUUGCAGCUGCUGUG